AUGUCGCGCUUGGUUGGACUGGGAGGGAAAGGUGGCAAGCUGACAUGGCACUGGAGUCGCUACUUCAGAAAGCUUGUGGGAUGCUUGCUGAUAUUCUUCCUCAUGUUGGCUGCUGUUGCUAAUUGUGCUGCAGCCACACCUCCCAACUUCAUUCUGGCAGGGCGACCAGCCUUCGCACGCAGGCAUGUGCUUCGGACACCUUUGCAGGUGCGCGAGAGGUUGGGCAGCAUGUCCAGAUCCAAUCAACCAGAUGACUCCAAAGGCGAGGUCAGACGUUUGAACUCCAGAAUCAAGGGCGCUACCUCAGAAAAUGAGUUGAUUGGCAUUCUGGAUGGGAAGGUGGAUGCGACGUUCUUGGAUCCAAUCCAUGCAUCGACAGCCUACCACAAACUGGAAGGCUUUGCGCAGGUCAAAGGUUCACUGCAGCCAGGUUGUGCCAACAGCCCCGCACUUGAGAGACUGCAAGCACGGACAAAGGACUUCAUCAAGCAGAAGCAAAUGCAGUCAUGGGCUUUUGCAAAUUUGUUUUGGGCAAUGCCAAUCCUGCUUGACGCACUCCCCACAGUGACAGAGUUAAUCCCAGACAUGGUGAAGCUAUUUCCUGCAAGAGCGCGCAGCAUGAAUGGACAAGAUUUGUCCAACAGUUUGCUACUGUAG